GCGCAGUUGACUUACAUGAUUACAAGGGAAAAGUAUUUAUCUCGCUUUUUUUUGCAGGCCUUGUACCGUCAGUGUUUGUUACUCGAUAUCAAAGUGUUACGUGGAAGGAAUAUUACCCUGGGCACUUAUUCUGAUUGGGGUUACACAGAUUUCUUUGGUUAUCUGGUUGGAGAAACUAUUCUGAAGGACCGGAAAAAUGUUCCAAAAUUGAGCGAACAGCGCCAUGCAGUGAAAGACGCCGCGGUUCCAAUGCCACUGUACACCUGUCUGCAUGUAAAGAAGAACGAAGUUGCACAGAACUUUUGCGAAUGGCUCGAAUUCAGCCCUUAUGAAGUAGGGAUGACAAAAUAUGGCACGUUUAUGAAGACUGAGAAUUUUGGAAGCAAGUACUUUUGUGGGAAAUUGGUAACACCUUACCCUGAGCCUCCACUGCUUUACUUGCAAGGCAUCUGGGGUAGUGCUUUCACCAUUAUGCUUCAGCGAGUUCUGAACGAAGGCCAGUCACCGACCGACACAGUAAAAAACAUGAGCAACUCUGGCGACUUGAGACAAGAGUUACAGACAGAUGUUUCAAUCGACCCCAUGAGUGAGGACGAAGAAAGCGACGAUGAAAUGGACAUCGGUGCUAUGGAUGGGAAGGAUUUGAAAGAUGAGGACUCUGGAGACCCAGGCUUCCUGAAGAGUAUAGCGGAAAGCUUCGUGGAAAAAAUAUCCUUCCUUAAAACGCGAUCUGGUCGAGCAGGCCUGGUGCACAACUUUUUACGCGGCCUUCAAUUGAUGACCGCCCCCGUCCCUUCGGCCGAAGUUAAAGAGGUUGCUGACACCGCUGACCAUUUAGCUGUUAAGGCUAAACGCAUUUACUUGGUUGACAGCGGGCUCUUGUUCAAUUCACCAUAUCCGCCUCUACUCAGACCUCAGCGGAAUGUCGACAUUUUUCUGUCAUUUGACUUCAGUGCUCGAGAGAAGGACAACGAGCUUUCUUUCAAUGAGCUGUAUUUGGCAGAGCAAUGGGCAAAAGCAAACAAUUUGAAGUUCCCUCCAAUUAACGCCAAGGAACAGUUGGAAACGGACGGAAUCAAAGAGUAUUACGUGUUCACAGAUCCCGCGGAUCCUACCUGUCCAGUUGUGGUGCAUUUUCCUCUCGUCAACAAAACUUUCAAGGAACAAAGCAAACCAGGAGUUCCUCGCAAAACUGCCGAAGAAAAGGAGUUUGCAAAGUUCUCCGUGUUUGAAGAUCCUGAUAACUAUUACAGCACGUUCAACUUUCAUUAUCCUACAAAGCCUUUUGAUCGUCUGUCAGCAUUGACAGAAUUCAACACUCUGUUGGGUGAGCAGGCCAUCAAGGACGUCAUAGCUGACUGUGUGACGAAGAGACGGGGAAAGUAACUCAAUGUGCGGCCUACGGAUGUACGCAAAAUUCAUGACUGUGGAUGGCGAGGAAGGACUCGAGUGAAGAACUGCAAUUUUUUCAGUUAGGGAUAACAGUGGUGAAAAUCGCUAUUGAGGUGUCGGGCUUAUUCUAAUCAGUGUAUGUAAUUGGACAGCGUUUAAGUUAGGGUCAUACUUAACUGAGGGAAUAGGACUAGAAAGCGUAAGUAGGAACCAAUUAAGCUCAUUUUCAUGUACUGUACACCAUAUUUCUGUAUUAAGUUGUCUGCUAUCGUAUCUAAGUUGAGGUGAAGGGUGUGAUGAGGGUUUUAAUGAUAAGAAAUCUCUUACGGUGUGUCUUAUCAAUAAAAGGUAAUUCAGGAAAAUUAAUUGAAGUAA